AUGUCUUCGACACCAAUGAAAAAACCUGAUAGAUUCAAUGCCAGCAAUAAAGGAUACUGUAGUGUGUUCGGUAUUAAAGCUUCAAUCAUUAUUGUCGGUUUUCUUCUGCUGGUAGCUGUUCUCUCGUUGUCUUACUUAUCAUUUUGGACAAUUGUAACCAAACAUAAAUACGCCUUGCUCGCUUCAGCCUAUCUUUACACGACUGCAACAUAUUGCUUAUUAUUAUCAGCAAUAAUUACGUGUGUAGCAAUUAUUGUCCUAUUUAUUACUUCGUGGAAUGAAUAUGAAAAAGGAUUGAAAUUUACGUUAUUGAUAUUGGUAUUAACAUUUGCUUGCGAAAUAACAGCUGGUUUACUGGCAUUUGGUUAUACAGUUAAUCUCGAAGAACGUUUAUCAAUAAACCUACUUGAAACCAUUCAAUAUAAGUAUCUGUUCGAUGGUGGAAAAACGAAAUCAUUCGAUCAAAUGCAGAGACUCCUUCGAUGUUGUGGAUCAAAAUCAUUUGGAGAUUGGCAAUUGAAUCCACAUUUUAACGCAUCGAUGAAUUCAGCGGUACCCGACAGUUGUUGCAAAUCGUAUGAACCGAAAUGCGCUCGAAAACCGUACGGCAAACACCCGUCGAAUAUAUUUUCUCACCUGUUACUAAUUACACUUGGAUGUGUUACAGUAGGCGUCGCAUCUCUUCAGAUAUUUAUUAUCAUGCUGCUUGUCUGGCUGAUAAAGCGUCUCGAAAAAAUACGAAUUCGUAAUCAAUCGACUAUAUCUGCCAGCAAAGUGCGUCGUAUGUCGAAUGAGAUUACUUAUUAUCCAAUUCAAUCGUCGGCAUCGGUCAAAUAA